AAAAAUUGGAAAAGACAGCUACAGGAAUGGUACUAUGAAUAGAAAGGUAUUUAGAGAUCCACAAGAUUCCCUGGACCCAUUUGGAGUUGCAUUACUGGACAGAAAAAAAAAUGAAAAGCCAAUCUUUAACAAGCGAGGAAAUUGGAAAAGGCCUUUCUGGUGUUCAGCCUGGGAGCUGUGGGGAGAUCUGGGCAAGAACUGGGCAGAAGAUCCCGGAGGAGAAAUCCAACCUUUCAGAAGUUCAGCCCUGGAACUUCAGGGGCUUCCAAUAUCAGGAGGAUGAAGGUCCCCGAGGACUUUGCAGCCGACUCCAUUCCUUUUGUAGUCGAUGGUUGAGACCAGAAAAGUACACAAAAGCACAGAUGCUGGACCUGGUUGUUUUGGAGCAGUUCCUGGCGCUUCUGCCCCUGCAGAUGGAGAGCUGGGUGCGGGAGUGUGGAGCAGAGACCAGCUCCCAGGCAGUGGCCCUGGUGGAAGGCUUCCUCCUGAGCCAGGCGGAGGAGAAGAAGGAGCAGGCUGAGUUGCAGGUGAGACACCUUCAUUUGGGAGCUCAGGAUG